AUGACUCAACCUCAAAAAGCAUGUUCAAAAGGUUCAUCCGCACAGGAGAAAGAAGUGUUCGAUGAGGUGACGUACGAGGCCGAUCGACUCGCGAAGGAUGAAGAAGCUAUGCAAGCUAUGAAAGAGAAAUCUGAGGAGGAAUUUUCAAAAUUAAGAACACCUUGGAAGUGGACCAUCCGAAAGCGAAUUUGGGAUCUGAUGGAGGCCAAGGACAUCGCUCAGUAUCCACGCCCUGUUCACCACCGAAUCCCCAACUUUGUUGGCGCAGAUGAAGCUGCUGCUAGGCUGACAGAACUUCCCGAAUUCCAGCAAGCUGCGUGUAUCAAAGUCAAUCCAGAUACUCCACAGCGCCCUGUCCGACAUGCUGUGCUAGAACAAGGCAAGACCCUGUUGACUCCUCAACCACGAUUGCGAACGGGUUUCUUUUCGACCCUCUCCAUGGAUACCUUGCCUGGGGUUGAAAUCAAUGGUUGUACCAAUUCCAAGGGUGUGGCCAAGUUCGGAACACAGGUAACACUGCACGAUAAGUAUACAGUGGAUUUAGUUGUAGUAGGUAGCACUGCCGUGUGCCCCAAUACUGGAGCUCGGGUUGGUAAGGGAGAAGGGUUUGCUGAACUGGAAUGGGGAAUUUUAUCUCAGAUGGGCAAUUUAAGUGCGCAAAACUGUCUCGUCGUCACCACUUGUCACGACAUCCAAGUGGUCGAGCCAGAUUCAGAAGAUGGAGGAAUUCCAGCUGAUUCUUUGACGAAGCAUGAUGUUCCUGUCGACAUUAUUGUUACACCCACUCGGAUUAUUCGGGUCCCAAAUCGUGCCCCCAAACCGUCUGGAAUCAUGUGGGAUUUGCUGUCGCCACAAAAGCUGGCCCAGAUUAAGGUUUUGCGACAGCUCAAGCGUGACAUUGAAGAGCGCGAUGGCACUCAACUGCCGUCGGGACCUGAAGAAGUUCUACCUCCUAUAGCGUCCCGAAACAAUCGAAGCAAGAACAAUGGUCAGAAGAAGCAAACAAACGGCAAGGGAAGGCGACGGAGACCACGGAAUUCGAACAACAAAAGCGGCCGAACUUCAAACAACAACUCGCAACGAGAGACCGCGUCAUAG